AUGUACCAACGUGUUCUCAACUUGGCUGUUCUAACCAGAACGGAACGAAAUCAGUUGAAGUUCGCUCAUAAUGAUGAUGAAGGGAUGGAGACUGAUGCGUGCGAGCGAGAGGUCGACUUAAAAGGGGGUCUCUGUAUUGAAGGGGUUUACUAUCGGCCAAAAACUUCUCCUCGGCCGAAACAAAACCAGUCAUCCAUCUCGAAAACUGAGGUAGUCAUUCCAGAAGAGCUAAGAGUGAAUCUUCGAGAAAGUUCGGCUACUGUGGACACGACCAAUAUAACUCUGGACUAUGAGGAUCCACUUCAAGGCAUAACACUAGAUCAGUCAAGCGCUGAGCCGUCCUUGGAAGAUGACUGUGUCAUUAUAGAUGGAUCUCCAAAAAGAGCUAAGAGCAGUGACUUACCUGUCAGCUGCGUAAGUAUUGAAGAGGCCUCGCAAUCACAGUCUCAGUCAUCAAAGCUCAGCGAAGACAAAGUUCAAAAAGGCACUGACUUUUCUUCAAGUUCAGCUGAAGAUAUACAUAUGUCCAGUAAUAGCCAUGAGGGCGAUUCGACUCCUUCAAGCAUUCCUAAUGAAGAGGAUGGGUCACAACCGUCGACUAGUAGCAGGAAUAGCCCAGACCUGUUUGAUGAGAAGAGCAGAGAUGCUAGAGAAGCAUCACUAAUAACGUUGGAUACAACCCCAUUACGAAGCUGUUCGCUCCGAAAGAGGUCUUCAGCUGUGCGAGUUUCACUGAACCAUGAAUUAAGUGAGUUUUCACCGGGACGCAACUCUCCUAAGAUUGGAUCAGCUGACUGCAACAAACCAAUGGAGACCUCCCCUAUAAGGAUGAAUACUACUGGAGGGAGUGGCAGCAGUGAUAAUGAAAUAGUUUGCCUGGGAGAGCAGCCUGGAACACAAACAUCAACGACAUCCAGCGAUCCGUACAGGAAUGAAUAUUUUGACUACCACGAUCCUUUUAUGGAGCCAUGGUACGAUCCGGUUGAAAUGCAACCAUCACAAGCGUGCUCAGAACCUAUAAGAGAGGCAGAACCUGUGGGGGAGGAUAUUGAAGCAACACCAUCGCAUGGUACAAGUCGCCGUCGCUCGUCAAGAACUGAAAGAAAAUCUUUAACCCAGAUCCCUAUGCGACCUUGCAGUUCUACGCUGGAGCGAGCUGAGCCCAUGGUACAGAAAAGCCCAGCGAACAGCCCCGCGGUCAGCAGUAAGGUCCACGCUGCUUCUCAGGAUUCGUUCUUCGACACACCGAUAUUCCUGAAUAAGGAAGUAGGAACAGUUGAGGACGAUCCUAGAAACUGUGAAGUGACUGAUAUUGUUCAACCGAUGUCACAACAGACCACACCUGUACAACCUGACAGAAAGAAGCCCAGAUUUGGUUCGAACGUCAAGAUUUUGAAGACGUCUGGUAUUACACCGAUGUCUAAUUACGACGGUAUGGGGAACGAUGAAUUGAAGCGAGAACUAGCCAAAUUUGGCCUGAAGCCAAUGGGCAGGAAACGAGCGAUCGCUAUACUGAAGAAAAUUUACUCAGAAGUA